GUUAUAGUUUUGUCAGUAUAAUUGACUUACAAUUGGUAGAAGAGAAUCAAAUAUCAUCAAUUCUCACAAGUCACUGUUUGACAAAAUAAUAACAAUGAAAAUUAUUACUUUUCUUUGUGUUUUAAGUUUAAUCGGUUUCGUUUUCGGUGAAAAUAAAACAGAUAUAAAACCUGUAGUUAUUUGGCAUGGAAUGGGUGACAGUUGUUGUUUCCCAUUUAGUAUGGGUCGCAUAAAAAAAUUAAUCGAACGCGAAGUACCAGGAAUUUAUGUGUUAUCAUUACAAAUCGGCGAUAGUAUACCUAGCGACGUUGAAAAUGGUUAUUUUAUGCUUGUUAAAAAACAAUUAGAAAUCGCUCAUGAUCUUAUAGUAAAUGACCCAAAAUUAAAAAAUGGAUUUAAUUCACUUGGAUUUUCUCAAGGCGGCUUAUUUUUACGUGCUUUGGCCCAAAAAUAUUCUUCACCGGCUAUGUAUAAUUUAAUAUCAAUGGGUGGACCUCAACAAGGAGUCUAUGGAAUACCAAACUGUGGAUCUGUGGCUCAUGAAACAUGCAACUAUAUACGAAAAUUAUUAAAUUAUGCUGCAUAUAAAUCUUCAUUUAUUUUCCGUAGAUGGGUCCAAAAUUAUUUGGUACAAGCAACAUAUUGGCAUGAUCCAUUAAAUGAGAAGGAAUAUCGUAAAGGUAGUAUUUUUUUGGCUGACAUAAAUAAUGAAAAUGUGGUUAAUCAAACUUAUAUUAAUAAUUUACAAAAAUUAAAUAAGUUUGUAAUGGUACGAUUUGAAAACGAUACAACUGUACAACCUAGAGAUACCGAAUGGUUUUAUUGGUAUAAACCUGGACAAGCUGUUGAAGUUCAAAAGUUACAGGACACUUAUCUAUAUGAAGAGGAUCGUCUUGGUUUAAAAUAUAUGGAUGAACAAAAGAAAUUAGUGUUUUUAGAAACACCAGGUGAUCAUUUGCAAUUUACAGAUGAUUGGUUUGUUGAAAAUAUUAUCAAUAAAUAUUUUAAAUAAUUUUUUAUUGCUAAUAGUGACGACUACCUAUAAUAACUCUAGUGUCUACCUAUAUGCAGAGCUCUCUAUAAAUGUUUUCUUUAACAUUUCUAGAUGGCAUUACUGAGAUUAUGUUUUAAUAAUC